AUGAGUUGGAGAUCCACAGGUGUUGCCUGUACUAGUGCUGACCUGAACUCAAGAUUAUGGCUACAAAAAUACAUCGGGAAGUACAUUGCUUCAGGAACAUGGCAAGACAUUAAGUCCUUGUACCCGAAUUUCCAAGUGAUGGAAGUUACAGAUCUCUUGACUCGAGUCCAACUGGCUGAUGCCUCUGCCACUAGCUCCAUAAUCAGCAAUUACACAGCAGUCUCCACUUUGCUCUUCUCAUUCAGUGGCAGUUUGGAUGAUUUCGGUGCUUACUUAGAUACAUUUCAAAACUACGCGCUAAAGAAUCCAACUCUUCUAUCGCCUAAAAUUAAAGAAGCCAUUCUUAUGGCCGUUGCUGAUGCUUUAUUUCCACUUGUCGGUUCUUUGAGCGUGCAAGUAACUGAAGAGUGGCUAAACAGAAUCAGUUUUCUGCUUCCUGCCAUCAACUCCACCAUACUGGGUGAAAUUCCAUUGGCAAUCAGCUGUGAUAAAUAUCAACUCUUUGUGACAGCAUUCGAUGGUGUAUACAAUUCUUUAAAAUCUACAACAAAGCAGGAUAUUGCAACCUUCCAGAAAAGUUUUUUGGUGAACAAAUAUACAAUGGAAGAAGAUGGAUGUUCAUUGGGAACCUCAUCUACAGCUUCCUAUAUACAGAACAACAUUGGACUUUUCUGUAAACAAUUUACAGCCGCAGAAGUCAUUCAAUUUAACCCUGCCAUAUCAGAAGUAAGUUUUACGGAAUUUUGCAAUCUGUCGUAAGGAACAGAGAUGAAAGGUCUUAACUGGAAGAUUGUGCUCGACUCCUUUUCUCAUUCCGACUGUCUUUCCCAUCAGUGCUGUUUGGGCUUUUUCUGUUAUAAUGUGUUUUAAUAACUAUAUUCUUGGAUUUUUAAUUACUGAAGGGAGGGGGGAUGAGAUUUGUUUUUUCUGUGGUUACCAAUUCAGUAGCUGAAACAACUCAAUCAUGACCAGCGCUAACCCUGAAAACCUUCACUAAGUCCAUCAUCCACCACCCAAUCCUUACUCUGACAAAGCCUCCAUAAAAAUGUUUCAUCCAGGCAAAGUUUAAUUUAAUAUUAAUUUGUAACCACUUCCAAUGUUCUGGAAAUUCUUAUAUUAUCCAUUUAGUACAUCCUACAGACCAGCAUACUGCCAUUCAAGGAGAACUACAAGAAAGUCUGAGCCCUAUUAGUGUCUUUACCAUAUCAAUGGUUUAGCUUGAAAAUUAGUAUCGGUUGGACUUA